AUGCUAUUACGACUCCCCAAGAACCUGCAUUACCCUCUCACGAUCAUCAAGGUAGAGAAGCGGGUUGGCGAGUUUGUCGCCCUCAACGACGAUCUGUUCCUCUACUCCUACACUACGAAAGUCAAGGAAGGCAGUCGUUACGAUGAUGAAGACCAAGAAGUGGAAAAGAAGUUUGUCACGCAUUUCCCCAGCACCCUCGAAGGUAUAAUUAAGGGAUGGCGGGUCUGGGAAGGAGAUGUCCUUACACAACCGGAAGAUAUAUGUGAGAUCAAAGAAGAAUGCCCGCAUACUGUCCAAUUCCUGGGUAUGUGCACCAACUGCGGAAAAGACAUGACAACCGAGACAACGGACGCCGAUCGCGCACCGAUCCGCAUGGCCCAUGACACGCUACAUUUAACGAUCAGCAAAGAAGAGGCGGGCCGCAUCGAUGAAGAGGCAAAGCGCCGCCUUUUAUCCGCACGCAAACUCUCGUUGGUCGUCGAUCUCGAUCAGACAAUCAUUCAUGCUGCGGUUGACCCUACGAUAGCAGAAUGGCAGAAAGACAAGGAUAAUCCGAACUAUGAAGCUGUCAAAGAUGUGCGUUCAUUUCAGUUGAUCGACGAUGGACCUGGUAUGCGUGGCUGUUGGUACUACAUCAAGCUACGACCCGGUUUGCUCGAGUUCCUGGAGAACAUUUCGCAGCUUUACGAAAUGCAUAUCUACACAAUGGGAACUCGUCAAUAUGCCCAGCAGAUCGCGGCCAUUGUCGACCCGGAUCACAAAAUUUUUGGAGAUCGCAUCCUCAGUCGAGACGAGAGCGGAAGCAUGGUGGCCAAAAACCUGGAAAGACUAUUUCCUGUUGAUACAAAAAUGGUAGUCAUCAUCGAUGACCGAGGCGAUGUUUGGAAAUGGAGUGCAAAUCUGAUCCGUGUCAGGCCAUUUGACUUUUUCGUCGGCAUAGGCGACAUCAAUUCCAGCUUUUUGCCCAAAAAGCAGGAGAUACAGACUACGCCGAAUCCCGAAAACAAGGACUUGGCGGGGGAUGGUGACGAGAAGAUUGAGAUUGGGGAGGAAGACUCGAAUGGGAUUGCUGAAGACGGCACAUCAACCAUUCAAAAUGGAACAUCCGCCCUAGAGCAUCUCCUAGCCAUGAGUGGGGGUGAUGACCCAGCGGUGCGGGAAUUGCAGACCAAGGGUCAAGAGGAACUUAUCACGUCACAAUUGGAAGACAAACCCCUGCUCAAAAUGCAAUUGCAGCAAGACGAGAAGGACGAAGCUGAAUCCACAGUCAAUGGAGAGCCGGCCGCGUCACAGUCCACCGAAUCAGACUCGAGCGACUCUUCCGACUCAUCUGAAACGAUUUCUUCCCCCAAAGCCAAAGCUCGCCACAGCAUCCUGAAAAAUGACGACGAGGAGCUGAUUCACCUUGAAGCAAGCCUCACAGCAGUGCAUACCACCUUUUACGCAGAGUAUGACCGAAAGCGGCUUGCCGGUAAAGGCGGCCGUGUCGCUACCCUCGCCGGUCAGCGAAAGGCACCUUUACCGACCGCCGAGGAAGAAGACAAAACGGCUGUGGACCUGCUUCUUGUACCCGAUAUCAAACGAGUCAUGCCGGCCAUGAAGAUGAGAGUCCUCAGUGGUGUCACCAUCGUAUUCAGUGGUGUACUGCCUCUUGGGACUGACAUUCAGAAUGCGGACAUCAGCACAUGGGCAAAGACGUUUGGAGCCAUCAUUACCGACAAAGUGGGACGAGGUGUCACACAUGUGGUUGCAGCGCGACCAGGGACUGCCAAGGUCAAACAAGCUGUGAAGCGAGGGAUCAAAGUUGUUGGGACUGCAUGGUUGAUCGAAUCUAUGCAACAGUGGCGGAAGUUGGACGAAAAGCCCUACUUGCUUGAAGGGGUUGGCAAGCAGAAACAAGAUGCUUCAAGUGAGACUGGCGACAAUCUGGACAAGUCAGAUAUCGCGGCAAAUGAUUUUCUCCUCAGUUCAUCUGAUGGUGAGACCACAGGAUUAGAUACCGAAGACGACCAGCCGGCACGGAAGAAAUUGAAAUUGGAUGUCGGUAAGCAAGAGGGUGCGGACGUGGAAGACUUUGAGGAUUUCGUCGACGAUGGCAGUCCGAUCACGAUCGAUCAAGACGAGUGGGCAGAUAUCGAUGCCGAGCUCAAGGAGUUCAUGGGCAGCGAGGCCGACAGUGAGAGCGAUACCGAUUCUGUCAGCUCUGCCUUGAGCUUUCGGGAACGUCGUGCAAACAAAAGACGAAGAAAUGACAACGCAGACGGGAACAUUUCGGCCGGCGACAUUGGGAAAUCGCCGACCACCAGAAGGAAUGGAGCUGGUAGUGCACUGAAGACAGUAGCAAAUAUCAGCAGUGAGCGGGAAUCGGAAGGUGCGAACACGCCCAUUGCCGGAGAGACGGAGGAACAAAUCAAACAAGAACAACAAGAAGUCGAGGAGGCACAGCAGCGUGACGAAGAAGAAGAAGAAGAUUCAGAUGACGAGCUCGCCAGAGAACUGGAACGCGAGCUUGAAGAGGCCGACGCUGAAGAAGAGGAGCAUGCGCGAGAAUCUACUUGA